AUGUACAUGCAGGAUAUGAGUCCCCAACGUCAUGAUUCGAGAAUGGGCGGUCCCAUGCUUCCCGACGGAAGCAAGGCCAGACCGGUCUCGGUUGAAGAGAGCGAGCGAGCUCAGGCUUACAUGACCAGCCCCAACAGCUCUGUCGCUCGCGUGGCAUGGCAAAAGGGCUCGUGGCAGGCGGCCAAUCACCAUAUGAUGCAGGAUUCCGCCCCCAAGAUGGAAUACAGAGAUGGACCCGUCAUGGCCGACAUGUCGCGUCCGGAACCUCCAAAGUCAGACUACCACCACUCACACGCCAACAACGCCGGUGGUAGCAACAACAACAACAACAAUAAUAAUAACAGCCCCGCCAACAACGGCUCCGGCAAUAACGCGCACCAAAAACCCGGUCUUCCCGUCUUCCAAUCCAACAUGGAGCCGCGUCCAAACCACGCUCCUCCAAGAGUCGACCCGGGUAACUACCCCACCCAGGCCCGUCUUGCUCUCAGCAGCAUGGAACCCCAUGUCCCCUUUGAGGGUCCCACCGAGAAAUCGGAAAAGGAAAAGAUGCUCAGCGGCGAACAGUACCGGCCAUUCGACCCCGAACUCGUCCGCGACCGUGAACAGUGCAAGUCCGCGCUCUGGAGGUUCACCAACGCGGGUAAUCCUCUCUACGGCAUCAGUUCCGCAGAAAAGACCCGUCUGCUCACUCAAAUCUUACAGCCGCCCCCCAUUGAACCAUCACCAGACGCUCCCCCACCAUCAACCAGCACUCCGACAGGCUCCCUUGGCCCUGGCGCCGUGCUCGAGUCCCCCUUCAACUGCCACUACGGUUACAACAUCAACAUUGGCGAGGACGUGCUCAUCUCCGAAAACUGCUUCUUCGCCGACGACUGCUCCAUCAACAUCGGCGCCCACACCUGGAUCGGCCCCAAUGUCACCAUCCUCAGCUCAAUGGCUAUUGGCAGCAUGCAGGAACGCAAGGGCUCCCAGUCGAGGUACCAGGGGCGUCCUGUCGUCAUUGCUGAAGACUGCUGGAUUGGUGCCGGAUGCACUAUCCUUCCCGGCGUCACGCUCGGACGUGGCGCCUACAUUGCCCCUGGCGAGGUGGUCCGUUCGCAGAUUCUGCCCUACGGUUUCCAGGGAUUGAAGCCAAACUACCCUUAA